AUGGAUUUCAAUAACCGAAGAAGCUGUGGGAAGGAGUUGUUCUGUUACGUGCACAUUGGUGGACAUUUUGAAGCAAAUGGUGAAGGGAUAGUUAAAUAUAUUGGAGGGAGUGUAAGGAGGUUCAGUAUUGCAGAGAAGUUUGCAGCAAGAUAUAUCAGGAAUAGUAAGGAGAAGAUGAAUGUGAGGUGUAAAGUAGAAGGGUGUCCUUGGAAGAUAUGUGCAAAUGCUGUUGGAAAGAACAGUCAUCUAUUACGUGUGACUACAUUUUGCAAUAAGCACAUUCAUUCAGCCCAAGACAAUUUGAUUGUGACUUAUGGUGGGAGUGCUGCGUUGACAUCAUCAGUAAUAGUUGAAGAGAUAAGGGACCAUGCUGAAAAACGGCCCACUGAGAUAAGGAAGAUGUUGGAGAGGGAGUAUGGUGUGAGGCUUACAUAUUGUCAGGCAUAUAGAGCAAAGGAAAAGGCAAUGGAAGAAAUACAUGGGAAACCGGAACAAUUUGAGCGUGUGUUCAUUGCAUACGGUGCAUGUGUUGAGGGUUUUUUGAACGGUGCAAGGCCUAUAUUAUAUGUUGAUGGUACUCAUUUAAGUGGUCCAUAUAAGGGGACAUUACUGUCAGCUUCGGUAUAUGAUGCGGAUAAUGAGAUGUUGUCGUUUGCAAUAGCAGUGGUGAAGGGAGAGAAUCUUGAUGACUGGACGUGGUUUUUUCACAAGAUUAAACAAAUUGUUGGUUCAAUGCAACUGACUAUUGUGUCAGAUAGACAUAAUUCUAUAAUUGGUGCUGUGCAAGCAAUAUUUGGGGGUGAAAGGCAUGCAUACUGUUAUAGGCAUGUGAAGGAGAACUUUAGCUCUGAAUAUAUGAAAUUAAACAGAGGUCGGAGAAGGACAAGUGAAAAUUCAAAGGAAGAUGCAUUAAAGGUACUGGAUAAAGUGGCUUAUGCAAGACUUGCGGAUGAGUUUGAUCAUGCGCUGGAUGAUCUCAGAACCAUGUCUCAUGAGUUAUAUGAGUGGGUUAUCAAUCAAGGUGAUGUGGAUAGGUGGGCAUUGAGCAAGUUCCCAUAUAGAAGGUGGGACAACAUAACAACUAAUUUAGCUGAAUCUUUUAAUGCUUGGAUGGUAAGGGAGGGGAAGCAUAACGUGGCCCAAAUGAUCCAUGAGCACCGGGAGAAAGUAGCAAGAAAGAUGCAUGCAUCAUAUGCAGUAAUGACUAAGUGGAGUAAUUGCGUUGGGCCAAAAAUAGAGGCAAAAGUAUUGGAGCAUGUGUAUUUCGGUAGGUACAUGCACUGUGAGAAUUAUGGAGGGGGAAGAAUAUGCGUGCACACAUCACGUGGAGACCAAAGAGUGGACCUUGGCCUACACAAAUGUAGCUGUGGAACUUGGCAAAUGUUAGGGAUUCCAUGCUCACAUGCUUGUGCAGCCAUUAAGACCAUAGGGGGAAACGUUUAUGAUUAUGUUGAAGAGUGUUACAAACGUUCAUCCCAAGAAAAAAUCUAUGCCCGGAGCAUGGUUCCAGUGGUGACAAUUGAUAUGCCUCACCUGAAUGACUAUACGUUUGAGAAUCUUACUGCUCAACCCUUGCUUUUACCCCUAGAUGUUAGUAGAUGUGCACAUAUAUUUUUUGUUACUUCUAUGUUUGGGACAAAGGGACAUUAA